AUGCUUGUGUCUACAAUUAAUCAAUUUCUGAAAUUUUCCUAUGUCUAUCUGUUGUUUGUAAGCAGGUUCUAAAACUGUCUUCUGGAGGAUACAGUUUUUAAUCAAAGCAGCUUAGACUAUUUUAAAAUUUAUUAAAAGAUGGGGUUUUAUUGUUUAUUUGUGUAGGGUUAUCUGCAUAAAUUUUAGAUGAAUUCUAUGUAUCAGAUAUUUAUGAAAUCCUUGGUUUUAAUUUUUAUACAUCUUCCUUAAGGUUGCUAUGAAAUUCUUCGAGAUGAUUUUCUGUCAUGCAUCCUAAUUCUAUCCAUUAUGGCUAUAGCACAGUUAAAAUUGCGCUUUCAAUUAAAUUUUAGUCUACUAAUUUGUUUAUAGACUUAAAUUUUAACUUUAAAAUUUAAUAAAAUGAUUCUUUAGAGUAGAACUUUAUGCUUAUAUCUAGUAAGUAGACAUCAUUAAAGUCAUAAUUAAAAUAUCCUUUCUUAACGUUGGAUAUAAUUUUAUCACAUUUAUCAAUAUAUCUUUUUUAAUAGUACUCCUUUUAAAUAUGAGCUGCAGGAAUAAAAGCAAGUGUCUAAAUUUCCAUUUUUUUAAUAUUGCUUUUGA